AGCGUCUUACAUACUCUGCCCGAAUUAUUGCUUUGUGUUUUAAUGACGUGUAGUUUGGCCGAGACGUUAUUUUCUCCCCUCUGUUCUUGUUGUCCCCGUUCUGAGUAGCUCAAAUGGUUCAUUCACAAAACCAGGUCCAAGAACUACAGAUGAGAAGAUCUUCAGUUGGCCCUCUUUGACUGCAUGCGUCCUUUUCUUUUAGGAAUUAAGUUACAUCUUGUCCCGAGCCAGUGCCUGAUUUACAUCUCAAUGAAUUGAACGCGAGCUCAUGAACGCGAUGUAUUUGCUGGUAUGAAAAUAGCCCUCGUAGUUCAGACCGCGAAAUAAACCCACUUAAGAUGGUGCGCCAACCACCGGAAAUGUCAUCUACCCGGAAUAGUACUAGGGUCGCGGCCUGUUCCGCUGCCUUCCUCUACCUCACCUGCUCCGCCACGCCUAUCCUGUGUAAAAACGUCCCCACCCCAUAGUCAAGAUGGGGAUUUUGCAACACAAACCUAGGAGUUUUGGGAGUCACGCAUGACAAGUUGCACUCCGUAGUGUAGUGCAGGUUAGCAAGUGCAGCCGCGUCACAGAUCCAUCUGCUCAUCCUGUUCUCAGCAUCACAAAUUCCAAAACACGAUUGGAAAUGUCUACCAUGGGUAUGCGCAUCACAAAUGUCUUUGUCAUUGCAAAUCUGCAUGACAACUCUGGAGUGGGGACGUUUUUCCUCAGGAUAACCCCCGCGAGUAGCUCUACCGCACCGCCGACGGGGGGAGUAACAGCCCCCUCGGUCGUGCCUACUACUACAUUACCGGUGGAGACCGCGACAACAAAGAUUGACAUUGGGGGAACAAGUACUAUCCCCUCUAGGAAGCCUAUCCAGGAAAAAAACUGUGUAUGGAAGAGCAGCAUCACAAAUUCGUUUUGUAUUACAGGGAAAACCUGUCGUGAUGCGCAGCUAGCACGUGGAAACACGUAUGAAACUAGCUUACGACGCACGUCCAGCAUGACACGUGUAACACUUUUUUGCAAUUUCUGCAUCACAAACUUACACUCACAUAGUUUUUUUCUUGCAUAAGGCCAGCAGCAGACGCAGCGGUCGUGCCGACGGUCGACGCUCAGGCGCUGCUGCGACAGCUUGAGAAGGACAUCGAGGAGAUUGACCAGCGAAAGGAGCAAUUGAAAAACGAGUCCGAAGCCGAGCCCGACUACACAACCUCCACCCGCGCGCCGAGCUACGAAAUGCCCACCCUGGAACUGGGGACGCUGGGACCCACACUUGGGGAUUUUCCGGAAUUUGAUUUGUACGGGUCCACGAGCUAUCAACCGUAAAAAUGUCUGGGUCUGGAAGGUUGGAACUUGCGAUGCGUGUUGCGGAUCAUACAAAAAUCUGUGUUGCAUGACUUGCAAAAGGUCCCCACUUCUGGCCAUGCUGAGAGGGCAUUUCUCAUGCAGAAUAGGCAUCACCAAGGGGCUGCAGAACCUGUGAUGCUACUCCCUGCAUUCCAGACUUGGCGGAGCUUGGAAAAACUGCAUGACAAAUUUCGGAAUCUUCCAGACCCAGACAUUUUUGCAUUUGAUACGAGCAGUGGCGGCGGGGGUGCCGAGGACGGGGAAGGCGGGGAUUCGGUUCUGGAAGAGGAGAAGCUCGCGACCAUGAGUGAGCAGGAAUUGAUCCUGUAUGGGGUGAAAAAGUAUAGAAAGUUCUUUUUGUUGCUGCUACUUCAUGGCAUGCUGAAGAUCAUGUUGAGGGCGUGUUUUGUUGAAUGCAACAACACAACGAACUGCCGAACUUAUUCGAUUUGAUGCUUUAUAAUUCAAACUACAACUAGAACUACCCACACGACAUCUUCAGAAACGUCCCUUUCCGCGGGUCUCCCUCCGACAAGUCGUCCCCGCAGCCCGCCCUGUACUGCCGCGACCACAUCGUCGCGCUUUUCCACGCGUACGUGCUGCAGAAAUUUGAGGGGAGCAAAAUGCGGUUUCUCCGCCACGGCUUCAGCCACUUCGAUUUGAACAAGGACGGAACGCUGUCCGAGUUGGAGAUGGCCCAGUUCCUCAAAUCCCGGAAAUCGUUGCUGCACAAGACCUGCAACAAGCCGAAUAUUUUUUUCCACUACGUCAAGAAGCAGAACCGGGUUAAGGACUAUUUUAAAUUCGAGUACGUCGAGCCAACCGAGCUGUACGUGGAAAAUGUGUUUUACUACGGGUACGUCGUCCCCUUCGUCGAUUUGGCGGUUUUCGUCGGCGAAGCGAGCUACUUCUGGAGCCUGUACUGGAGCAAAAAAUUGGAGGACAGCGCCAUCGAGUUCUAUGACCAGUCCGUGUCGAAUUUCCACCUGUUGGUGAAAAAAUCCGAGUUCUGGUUCCGCACGUUCGUCAAGGACCUGUUUUUCGACGAAAAAUUUUACCUGAAACUGCUCUUGCAGGACUACUUCAGCACGAAAGAAUCUGCUACUUCUCCCGCGAACAAAAUACGCGGCGGGGGAGUAGAGGGAAGUAAAACCAAUGUCGUGAUGAAGAACGGGCACGAGAUGGCCAAGCUGUGGAUCCAGAAGCACCUGAACCUGGACGUGACCUCGCGGGAGUAUUUUUUGCAGGUGAAAAAGGAGGAGGAAAUCUUGCAGAAGAAGCUAUAACCCGCUCAGGCGUUACAAUCUCAAGCGUUACAAUAGAAUUUGGAAAUCUGUGAUGCAAGAAGUGCAUAAUCCAGGCAGCCAAGUCCGAUGUGACUGCGCAUGACAAGUUCCGGAGUCCCAAACCGCACUACAAUCUGCCGAAAUUUGUGUUGCAGAAAGUGGAAUGGUCUGCGAGUCUGUCAUGCUCACUAUGCAAGACAAAUUCCAGAUUCGAUUGUAACGUUUGAGAUUGUAAUGUUUGAGCAGGUCAUAGAAGCAGGAGCAAGAAGAAAUCAAGCGGAAACUCGCGGAGGAGCAUAUCACGAGGAAAAAUCCCCCCCUCCCCAUAUCAAAGGGAAGUUUCUGAUGCUGGAUUUGCGUAUACAAAUCAGGUUUGUCUUGCAGUAGAGGACAGCAGGCUCCUGCCAAGCCUGAGUAGAGAGCUUUUGGCCUAGGCGCUUAGCAUGAGAAACGUCUAUGCUGUAGGCCCAACAGCAUCACAAACGGCCUGCAUAAUGCGGCAGAGCCUGCGGAGUUGUCUUCUUGCAGGACAGACGUGAUUUGUGGUCUCAAAUCAGCAAGACAAAUCUCCGGAAACAUACCUUUUCGAUGUGGGGAGUGGGGAUUUUUCCUCUCAAUAGAACAGGUGAAGGAAAUGGAACGCGAGGCCCGGGCCGCCAAGGAAAAAGCGGAAAAGGAGCGGGCCGAGCUGUGCGAGAACAGCUUUAUCAAGGGCGAAAACGGGGAAAUCUUGCCCAACACGGCGUGCCACGAGUUUCAGUUCCCGAGUGACGCGGUGGAAGUAGCGGAAAGUAUUGCAACGGGAAGCGCAACAAGCAUUAACUCAACGGCUGGUGGAAGCACUACCGCUGCUUCCACGGGGGAAAACAGCAACAGCACAGCAACGGCUUCUUCAGAAAGAAAGACCGAGGCGUCGUCGUCGUCGACGCAACAGUUGCAACAGGAUCAAAUCAUACCCGUCGAGUUGGAUGUGCAUGCGAAGCGGGCUAUCCUGAGGAAAAACGUCCCCACCCCAUAGUCAAGAUGGGAAUCUCGCAACACAAAUCGAGAAGUUUUGGGAGUCAAGCAUGACAAGUUCCUCUCUGUAGUGUAGUGCAGUUUAGCAAGUACAGCCGCAACACAUAUCCAUCUAGUCAGCUUGUUUACAGCAUUACAAAGUCCAAAACACGAUUGGAAAUGCCUCGCAUGGGGAUGCGCAUUACAAAUCUUCCUGUAACUGCAAAUCUGCAUGACAAGUAUGGGGUGGGGACGUUUUUACUCAGCAUACGGGCCGAGGGCUUUCUGGACACGGAUUUCGCAAAAUACGACAAGGACCCGUCUGCAGUGGACGGCAUUUCGCAGUUGGAGUGGUAUUAUAGGAAUCCUUGUUUGACAUGCACUACAAAUCCACUUGAUUAAGUAUUGUCUUUCCUUUCUUUGCAUACAAAAUGCCUGGACAUGUAGUUCGAGAAUCUUGAGUCUUCCAUAGCUCCUCGCUGCCUGUGAAGAUGCAUAAAAUUCAGCAGUGCACAAAUGAAAAUCCCUCAGGUUCUACUUUCUGUUCACCGAGCCCUACAGCCUCCAGGCGCUGUUUUACACCACCACCAUGGACAAAGUCUUGGUCUACAGUUCGAUUUUGGUCCCCACCUUUCUGUUCUUCAGCUUCCUGGCCGGGUAAGAGUCGACGUCUUGUCUGCGUUUGUCAAGAAGCUGAUUGAAGAUGUACGACAAACUGAUAAAAAUGGGGAACGAAUGCUAGAUUUGCAUGCCGAAUGGAAUUAGAAUGUAAAUACAAAUUGGAAAAUGAUGAAGAUUCAACCUGUAUUGUAAAAAACUACGAGUAAUAAGGAACGCGCUCUUCUCAUUCUCUCAUGCUGAUUUCUUUGAUAGUACACCAUUUUCAAUUCGUCAAUCGCGACGACAAAGUCAGCUCUUGAUAAUUAGUAAAAAAUCGCACCACACGAC